AGUUGAAAUUUGUAGAAAAGGAAAAUAGUUUGAAAAAGAAAAAAACAGAGAAGAAGUGUAGACUCCGAAUAAGAACAUAUAAAACCAAUUAAAAUAACACCAUAUGUUGGAAAACUGAGAACAAAGUUGCUUAAAUAGUUUACUUUCUCUGGAUGUGAAAAGAUCAAUCAUUUAGAAGAAAAUCAAUGGGAGCAAUUACCCAUCUUUUCGUCUACUCUGUCUUCUUCUCUCUGUUUAGAAUCUCCAUUACACAAGACUCUAUUACUCCAAGUCAGUCAAUCAGAGACGGUGGCACUACUUUAGUUUCAGCUGGUCGAUCAUUUCAAUUGGGAUUCUUCAGCCCAGGUAAUUCCAAUAGUCGAUAUGUGGGAAUUUGGUACACAGUAUCUCCCGACACAGUUGUGUGGGUAGCCAACAGAGAAGCUCCGCUUAGCGAUCACUCGGGAGUUUUAAAGGUUGAGGAUGAUGGAGUUCUUGUGCUUCGUAAUAGCACCAAUGGUACAGUUUGGUCAUCUAAUACAUCAACAACCCUACAUAAUCCAGUUGCACAGCUGUUGGACACUGGGAAUCUUGUUGUCAAAGAUGGGAAUGAUGAUAAACCAGAGAACUUUUUGUGGCAGAGUUUUGAUUAUCCUUGUGACACCCACCUACCGGAAAUGAAGCUUGGAUGGAACUUGGUAACUGGUCUAGAUAGGUUUAUUUCAUCUUGGAAGAGCACCGAUGAUCCUGCUCCAGGUGAGUAUUCAGUACGGAUAGAUCCUCGUGGGCUUCCGCAAAGGGUUAAUAUGAAGGGAGAUUUAAUAAAGACUAGAGCAGGGUCAUGGAAUGGCAUUACUUUUACGGGUAAUCAAGGGUUAAGACCGAAUCCAGUAUUUCGGUAUGAAUUUGUGUUUAAUGAGAAGGAGAUCUAUUACGAUUACAAACUCCUAAACACUUCUGUUUUCUCAAGAUUUGUGAUAAACCCAUCGGGCGUUGCGCAACGAUUCAUAUGGGUGGAUCGGACACAGAGUUGGGAGCCUUUCUUUACAUCCCAGGCAGAUCAGUGCGAAAAUUAUGGCUUAUGCGGUGCUUAUGCUACCUGCAACAUCAAUAACUCUCCUAUAUGUUCAUGCUUGGAAGGAUUCUUACCCAAGUCUCCAAAAGCUUGGGAUUCGAUAGAUUGGUCUGAUGGGUGUGUUCGAAGUACUCCUUUGAAAUGCGAAGUUGGAGAUGGAUUCCGGAAGCAGACGGGGGUGAAAUUGCCCGACACGUCUUCUUCCUGGUAUAACAAGAGCAUGACCCUCCAGGAAUGCGAGGGAAUGUGUUUGAAAAACUGCUCCUGCACAGCAUAUUCAACUUUAGAUGUCAGGGGAGGAGGAAGCGGCUGCCUGCUUUGGUUUGGUAGCCUUGUUGAUAUAAGAGAAUUCUCUGAGGGUGGGCAAGACUUCUAUAUAAGGAUGGCCAUUUCCGAACUGGGUCAUCUUGAGAAAGAGGGGCAAUCCAGCAAGAAGAAACUAGUAGGAAUUAUAGUCGGCUCAGCAUUACUAGUCGUGGGAAUGAUAAUAGUUGGACUGGUCUUAUACAUAUGGAAGAAGAAACUCAAAAAACAAGGAACGAAAAAAGGAAGUCAGAGGAAGGAUUAUGACAAUGAAGGUGGGAAGGAAGAUAUGGAGUUACCGAUAUUUGAUCUGGCCACCAUAGUUAAUGCUACGGAUAAUUUUUCAAGCAACAAGAAGCUAGGAGAAGGUGGCUUUGGACCUGUGUACAAGGGAACAUUGCUAGAAGGGAGAGAUAUAGCUGUGAAGAGGCUUUCAAAGAAUUCUGGACAAGGACUAGAUGAGUUCAAAAAUGAAGUUAUUUUGAUUGCCAAACUUCAACAUCGUAAUCUUGUGAAGCUUCUUGGUUCUUGCAUUCAAGAAAAUGAAAACAUGUUAGUCUAUGAAUACAUGCCAAACAAAAGCUUGGACUCCUUUAUUUUUGAUCAAGCAAAGAGUAAAUUACUCGAUUGGAAUAAGCGUAUCAACAUUAUUCGUGGUGUUGCUAAAGGGCUUCUCUAUCUUCAUGAAGACUCUAGACUGAGAAUUAUCCAUAGAGAUCUCAAAGCUAGCAAUAUCCUUCUAGAUAAUGAUAUGAAUCCAAAAAUUUCUGACUUUGGUCUUGCUAGAUCAUUUGGGGGAGAUCAAAUUGAUUCUGAGACCAAUAGGAUUAUGGGAACAUAUGGUUAUAUGUCUCCUGAGUACGCAGAGCAUGGACAGUAUUCAGUAAAAUCUGAUGUAUUUAGCUUUGGAGUUUUAGUAUUAGAGAUAGUGAGUGGGAAGAAGAACCGGGGAUUUUGUCACCCAGACCACCACCUUAAUCUUCUUGGACAUGUAUGGAAACUAUGGAUUGAAGGCAGGUCAAUGGAACUGGUCGAUGAACUGAUAGGUGACUUGUGGACUCUAUCUAAUGUAUUACGACACAUUCAUGUGGGUCUGUUAUGUGUGCAACAUAGACCGGAAGAUAGGCCAAACAUGUCAUCUGUGGUUCAAAUGUUAAGUAGUGAGAGUUUUUUGCCUAAGCCAAAACAACCAGGUUUCUUUACGGUUUCACUAGAAGAUGAUUCUUCAUCUAGCAAGCAUGGAACUUAUUCGGCAAAUGAAAUCACCACUACAUCAUUUAAAGCUCGGAUUAGGAUAGAAGGGUCAAAAAGAGAAAAAGGUAAAUAGCUUUGGCUUAUAGCAAGGCUACUUCUACUGUAUUCUUGUUGUUUAUUCAUUUAGUGGAUAAUCUUUACACAGGAGUUAGGACUAUGUUAUGCGAUUGAAAAUAUAUGU